AUGGUUUGCCUCUUAUGCAAAAUCAGGCCAUUCAAAAGAAUUCAAGAGUUUGACAACACCAUUGUUAUUGAAGAAAGUUCCUCUACAACUGGAAAGACUUCAUCUAUUACUCUCUCUAUGAAUUGUUUAUUAUUAUUUGUUAAAGCCAAAUAUACUCCAGUGAGAAGCGAUAAUGUUGUCGGGUCAUCUGUUGAGACUGAUGUGUUACAAGUAGAAAUAAGCCCUGACAUCAAAGAAAAGAUUAUUAAGGCAAUCGUUCAAGGAAGUGCAAUAGAAUUUUGUGAGAACGGCGUAUUAGAGCUUGGAAACAAACAUAUCAGAUAUGGUGAGACCAAACCCCAUCUUAAAGAAAAGUGGAGAAGCCACUCAGUCACGUUGCUCAGCGAAACCAGUCUCUCAAUUCAUUUCGACAAAGGAGGAGAUCAUAUUUUCAAUUCCAAAGAUGCUCUUUAUCUUGUGCUUCUGGUUCGGAUUUUUGCAUUGUUGUCAUCUCCCAACGACUGCGCAAUCUUUUGCGGAGAGAAAUUUGCACAAGCUUGGAAAACAAACAAGCGUGUCGCAGAAGAAUGGAAUCAAAUCCAAGCGAGUAUGAUGCAGAAAAUAUCCACCGAUAGACAAGACGUAAAAGCCCUUAUUUCAUUGUUCAAGUAA